GGGGGAGGGGGUGCAAUGAGAUGUUUGAGGGGAAAAGAAUGGGGUGCAAGUAGAUUAGCAAUGAAGAAAAUAUAUAUGGCCCUAAUCCGAUCAGUGUUAGAUUAUGGAUGUGUGGUUUUUGGUUCUGCAGCUCAAUCUCUGUUAAAAAAGCUUGAUGUUAUCCAGGCACAGGCCUUGAGGCUGUGUUGUGGAGCUUUUAAAACUACCCCAGUAUCAGCAUUACAGGUAGAAAUAGGAGAAUGUCCUUUAGAGCUAAGAAGGAAGCAGUUGAUGGCAAAUUAUUGGUCAGGACUACAGGGCAUAAUGAUUCUCAUCCUACUAAGGCAUUGUUACAGGAGAGCUGGGAAUAUGGGAAAAGGAAAAAGGAAAACUUUGGUAGGAUUGGAAAUGACACAGCUAAAGAAUUAGGAGUUUUUAAUUUGAGGGUAAGUUGCACAGUUGUUUAUCCAGAGAUGGCUCCCUGGAAGUUAGUUUGGCCUGAGGUAGAUUGGUUUGUGUCGGAGGAAAAAAGGAGGGCAAAGGGAGGUAUAAAUCUAUAAUAAUCUAUAAAUAUCUAAAAUGGUGUUCAACAAUCGGAUAGCAGAAAAGUAUAAUGAUUACACGCAGGUUUAUACAGAUGCCGCUAAGGAACCAGAGACGGAAGUAACAGGAUUGAGUGUGGUGGUUCCAAGUAAAGGAAUUGGAAUUAAUAGAAGAACCUCUAAUAUGUUAGGGGUUUAUACAGUGGAAAUGCUGGCAAUAUUAAUCGCUGUACAGUGGGUGGAAAAGACAGGGCAGCAUAAAGUAUUAGUUUGUUCAGAUUCAUCGUCAGUGUUAGCAAGUAUAAGGUCAUUUUAUUCAAAAAGUCGCCAAGACAUACUGUAUGAAGUCCUACAGUCAGUUACAAGAAUAUUUAAUCAAGGAAGGCAGAUACAAUUUGUAUGGGUACCAGGACAUGUAGGGAUAAGGGGAAAUGAACUGGCAGAUAAAUUAGCCAAGACUAUAUUAUCAAAAGGAAAUAUAGAAAUGCAAGUCAGUAUCAGCAAAGCAGAGGUUAAAAGUGUGAUAUGGAAGACAGUAAAUCAAAUGUGGCAAGAGAGGUGGGAUAGAGAGGGAAAAGGAAGGCAAUUAUAUCAAAUCCAGAGGGAUGUUAAGUGUACAGUGAUUGGAAGUGGAAAUAGCAGAGAGGAAACAGUCAUCUCUAGGUUAAGAUUGGGACAUUGUUUAUUAAACAAAACACUCAAGUUAAUAGGAAAACAUGACACAGGAUCGUGUGAGGUGUGCAAGGAAGAGGAGUCAGUGGAGCAUGUGGUCUUGAGGUGCAGCAGGUAUGAUGUUCAGAGAGAGCUGAUGAGGAAUAAGUUGAGAGAGAUAGAGGUUCAGGACAUGACAUUAAAAGGGCUAUUGAGCACGCAACAUAGGGCACAGACUAGAAUUCUUAUGGGUUUCUUAAGGGACACAGGGGUUUAUAAUAGAGUGUGAAGAGUCAUAGGAGUAUUGAGGAAGGUUAUAACUAUUAUUAUUGUUAUUAUCAUUAUACAUUUUUUUUUUUUUUUUAUUAUAAUAGAGUAGAAUAAUGGUGAAGUGUGUGGAUUUAUAUGCUUGGGGAGUAGGAGGGAAUGGGGUUAAUUAAUUUGUGAACCUGAUGUCUGAUCCACACUCCGGAGCAGAGGGGUGGCGGUAAUGCACCAAUUAUGCUGGAUGCCAACUGCAGUUAAACAUUAAAAAGAAGAAGAAGAAGAAGACCUCUGGACAAAGACUGAUUACUUCUACACAAUAAUAAUAAGGAAAAAAUCUUAUGGCAACAGUCUUCUCUGAACAGCGGUCUUGUGAACACCGGCGUCAGUACAAUAAAGAACCCAGAUUUGACAGAACUACACACCCAACUGAGGCCUACCUGUUUUACUUCAUGAUCACCCCAGAUACUUCUACAACUAACUCGCUUGUGUUCAUCUUCAUGACACGAAUGAAGAUAUUUAACCCAAAUCUCUGACACCCAAGAAACCAUCACAUCAAUCUAUAUGAAUGGAGCCAAUUAAUCUACUUUUUGGGCCAAACUGUUCAAUGAAUGGUAAGGAGCAGUUUCAGUUAUAUUUCCACUUGAACUCUGUUAGGCAUGGUUUGAUUAACUGUUCUUGAUCCAGAACUCUUAGCUGUACACGCUGAACCGUGCUGUAGAAUGCCUGGAGUUUCGUCGCUGCUCAGGGUUGGUUUUUUUUUCUUUUGCCUAGCCAACAGUUUCUCUGGAGCUGGCCAACAUGCUAUUUGAGUGAACUAAACAAGUUAAUAGUAAAAUUAAAAGUAAUAUUUAAUCUUAUAUGAAUCAUAACAUGGGUGCUAUUUACAUCAGGUACGAUAUCUUAACUAUUGCAUUACUAAGGCAAUGACUGACACAUUUAUGUUGCAUUCAAAAGAGCUCUGUUAACAGCCCAACAGUGAAAAUUAAACCAUAUCCAUAUUGGCACAGAAUAGAAUGGUUAAGCUUUGAGAAUUAAGAAUGGUUUGGCCUGACAGUGGAAAAGCGGCUCAAGUCUUCGAAAGAGACAUGAUUGCUGUAUGAUCAACUGUCUAAAGUUUUGGAUAAAUAGACAUUCAGUUAAACGACAGAAGUUUCUCGGAUUUCACUGAAAAUUUCUUUAUUUGUGUUCUGAAAAUAAACAAAAGUCAUGGGUGAGUAAAUGAUGACAUGAAUUUCAAGUUUGGGUAAACUAUCCCAAUGGCAUGGCAGUGUAGGCAGGACAGAUAACACUGAAAACUGAUCAUCCACAUUUCCCUGCUAAUAUUGUUUUUAUUUGGUUUUGAUGGAUCUGAUGUUGAUGCAGUCUGGACACUAGCAUCUGUUGGCUUGCUGACUAUCACUGAAGAUGAAGUACUUCUCCAAAUCUUCUCUGCCUUGACCCUGUGUCUUCUCCAUCAUUGUUCAGGGUAGUACUGCAAAGAACAGUCUCCAGGGUCUACUUACAACAUUUGCUUCCGG